ACGAAGAAGCCCGGCGCCAAGGCUCGGCUGGACGAGCUCACCAUCGCGGAGUACCCGGAGUACUCGCGUAACGUGGUCCAGUCGUGGAUCGCCCAGGGCAAGGUGCUCGUCAACGGGCAGCCCGUCACCAAGGCUGGCACCAAACUCCGCCCGGACGUCAAGAUUGUGAUAACCGCCGAGCAGCCCAAGUACGUGUGCCGGGGCGGUCUCAAGCUGGAGAAGGCGCUGGACGAGUUCGAGAUCGACCCGGACGGCCUCGUCGCCUUGGACUCCGGCUUGAGCACCGGAGGGUUCACGGACUGCCUUUUACAGAGGGGCGCGCACCGCGUGUACGGCGUGGACGUCGGGUACGGUCAGGUGCACGAGCGCAUUCGAACCGACCCGAGAGUCGUCGUGAUGGAACGAACAAACCUGCGGUACCUACGACCGCUGCCCGAGCUGUGCGACCUGGCCGUCCUGGACCUGUCGUUCAUCUCCGUGUUGAAGGUGCUGCCGGCGGUGGCGGCGGCGACGAGACCGGAGGGGAGACUGGUGGUGCUGGUCAAGCCGCAGUUUGAGGCGCGGCGGGCCCAGAUCGGCGCCAAAGGGGUGGUGCGCGAUGUCAAGGUGCACGAGGAGGUGAUCGCGAAGGUGAUCGAGGGGGCGGGAACGAUGGGAUGGGAGUACGUGCGUCACACGGUCUCGCCGAUCAAGGGGGCAAAGGAGGGCAACACGGAGUUCCUCGCGCUGUUCCACAGG